ACAAGUUACGUUUAGAUGUUGUAGAGUAGUUGCUUGUGCCGUUUAGAUGGGAAUCAUGUGAUCCCUUUAAAGCAUAAAAUGUGAACUCCGUGAGUCAGAAUUCAGUUGAGCGCCGUUUGUUACAACAUACUAGGUUUUGUCAUGACUCAUGAACACGGUCUUCACUGCUCCACUUUCUCUGUCCCAUAAAAAUCUAACAUAAUACUUGAUAUUCCGUCCCAUAAAAAUCCAACAUAAUACUUGAUAUUGAUAUUUUUUGGGACGGAGGGAGUAAUAGAUAGAUAUUGUCAUAACUCAUGAACACUGUCUUCAAUCAGAUUUGUCAUGACAUAUUUGUCUUUAGAGUAAUAGAUAGAUAUUGUCAUGGCUCAUGAAUGCUGUCUUCAGUACAUAGAAGAGAUUCUUCUAAAUUGCAAUACGCCUUCCUGCAAGAGAGGCGUUCCUGUAAAAAUACGCCUCCUCGGGAGAUAGGCGUAUUUGCCGUUCUCCGCGUCAUCGGAGUGUCAUUCUUGGCUGCUCCUUGCGGCAAGGUGAGGUGAGGCGAGCCAUGGCUUCCCUCCCACUCCCUGCUCUUCACCACGAGCCCCUCCUCUCCCGCUCGCACCGCCGCCUUCCUCCCUCGCCACCGCCACCGCCACUCCCCUCUCGCCUCGCCGCGGCGCACCCCUCGGCCCCCUCUCCGUCUCCGCGCGACGAUGAGCGCCUCCGACUCCGAGCCGAGGAGCUCCGGUCCUACGCCGCGGCACUCCAGGGCUGCGCCGCCAGCCGCGCGCUCCGCCGCGGGAAGGCCCUCCACGCGCGCCUGCUCCGGUCCGGGCCGCGCCCGGACGCGUUCCUGCACGACUCGCUGCUCAACAUGUACUGCAAGUGCGGCCGCCUCGCGGACGCACGCAGCGUGUUCGACGGGAUGCCGCACCGGGACGUCGUCGCCUGGACGGCCAUGGUCUCCGCUAUCACCGCGGCGGGAGAUGCCGGUGCUGCCCUCCGGCUGUUCGCCGAGAUGAGCGAGGAAGGGGUCGUCCCCAACGGGUUCGCGCUCGCCGCGGCGCUGAAGGCCUGCACGGUGGGCUCGGACCUGGGGUUUACGCCUCAGGUGCACGCUCAGGCGGUGAAGCUGGAAGGUUUGCUUGAUCCAUACGUCUCUUCUUCCUUGGUCGAGGCUUACGUGAGCUGUGGCGAGGUGGAUGUUGCUGAGAGAGCCUUGUUGGACUCGCCGGUGAGAAGCGAUGUGUCAUGGAAUGCUCUGCUCAAUGAGUAUGCUCGGGAUGGUGACUACGCCAAGGUCAUGCUUGUUUUUGAUAAGCUGGUGGAAUCUGGUGAUGAGAUAAGCAAGUAUACUUUACCUACUGUUCUCAAGUGCUGCAUGGAGCUCGGUCUUGCGAAAUCUGGUCAGGCUGUGCAUGGUUUGGUGAUCAAGAGAGGGCUGGAAACAGAUAGAGUGUUGAACAAUUGCCUUAUUGAGAUGUAUUCAAAGUGUCUGUCGGCUGAAGAUGCCUAUGAGGUCUUUGCCAGGAUAGAUGAACCAGAUGUGGUGCAUUGCAGUUUGAUGAUCUCUUGUUUCGAUCGGCAUGACAUGGCUCCAGAAGCAUUCGAUAUUUUCAUGCAGAUGUCAGACAUGGGAGUCAAACCUAAUCAAUAUACAUUUGUCGGCUUAGCCAUCGUUGCAUCAAGAACUGGUGAUGUGAACCUAUGUCGCAGCAUUCAUGCACACAUUGUGAAGAGUGGAUUUUCUAGGACAAAAGGAGUGUGUGAUGCCAUUGUAGGUAUGUAUGUGAAAACUGGUGCUGUUCAAGAUGCGAUUCUCGCCUUUGAUCUUAUGCAGGGGCCUGACAUAGCUUCUUGGAACACACUUCUCUCUGGAUUUUAUAGUGGAAACAACUGCGAGCAUGGUUUGAGGAUUUUCAAGGAGUUGAUUUGUGAAGGUGUUUUAGCAAAUAAAUAUACUUAUGUAGGAAUUUUGAGGUGUUGCACUAGCUUGAUGGACUUGAGGUUUGGUUGUCAAGUUCAUGCAUGUGUUCUUAAAAGUGGGUUUCAAGGAGAUUAUGAUGUUUCAAAAAUGCUUCUUGACAUGUAUGUGCAAGCUGGGUGCUUUACAAAUGCACGCUUGGUAUUUGACCGACUGAAAGAAAGAGAUGUGUUCUCAUGGACAGUUGUUAUGUCAACAUAUGCUAAAACUGAUGAAGGUGAGAAGGCAAUAGAAUGCUUCCGCUCAAUGUUGCGAGAAAACAAAAGGCCUAAUGAUGCCACAUUAGCUACCUCGCUAAGUGUUUGUUCUGAUUUGGCGUGCUUGGGCAGUGGCCUCCAGCUGCAUUCAUAUACCAUCAAAUCAGGAUGGAACAGUUCAGUUGUUUCCAGUGCUUUAGUUGACAUGUAUGUGAAGUGCGGGAACUUAGCAGAUGCUGAGAUGCUAUUUGACGAGUCAGACACACAUGACUUAGUUGAAUGGAAUACAAUCAUCUGUGGUUAUGCUCAACAUGGUCAUGGGUAUAAGGCAUUGGAAGCCUUCCAAGAGAUGAUAGAUGAGGGGAAUGUACCUGAUGAGAUAACAUUUGUGGGUGUCCUCUCAGCUUGUAGCCAUGCAGGAUUACUUGAUGAGGGAAGGAGGUACUUCAAAUUGCUGAGUAGUGUGUAUGGAAUUACUCCUACACUGGAACACUAUGCUUGCAUGGUUGAUAUUCUGGCCAAGGCUGGAAAACUAGCUGAGGCUGAAUCUCUUAUUAAUGAGAUGCCAUUGACCCCAGAUGCAUCCUUAUGGAAGACCAUUCUUGGAGCAUGUAGGAUGCAUGGAAACAUUGAGAUUGCUGAGCGAGCAGCAGAAAAAUUGUUUGAGUCACAACCAGAUGAUAUAUCUUCUUGCAUAUUGUUGUCUAACAUUUAUGCGGAUUUAAAAAGGUGGAAUGAUGUUGCUAAACUUAGGAGUAUGCUAGUAGAUCGUGGAGUAAAGAAGGAACCAGGGUGCAGCUGGAUUGAAAUCAAUGGGAAGUUACAUGUUUUCCUGUCACAAGAUGGGUGCGCUAAAUACUAAAAUUUGAGUGGUGUAUUUCACCCAUCUUGGUCCUGCAAUCUGAAAUGUCAAUGCAGUCACAGGCCAGAAAACCGGUUCCAGGCUAAUCUUAGGGUAAACUAUACUGCUGGAAACGUAGAUUUGUCUGAAGACUUAUAUAGUUGCCCACUUAACUGGCAGUAACUCACACAUAUCAGGAUAAAUGCAGACUGAGGAGAGUUCCUUAGUCGAGGCAUAUGGAAAUGGUAAGGCAAUAUUGCCUGCCAUUGUGAGUAAAGAAUUGGUUACAGAUUAAUGUGGCACACGAAGAGCCUGUCCUACUUCAGUGGAUACUGGAUUGCUCAUAUCACAUUUAUAUUCAAAUUGGGAUGGUUGUGCAGGUGGGGUGAUCAACUUGUUGACCAACUUAAGUAAGGUCUGUUCGAGUUCCUCGCCAUUAUUCCAUGGAUGAACCUCGGCCUUGAGAAGCUGUUUGUUGCUGCUGAUGAGAUUCCAGAGGGGAUGAUGCUGUUUCUUUUGUCUCCAUCAGCCACGUGCAUCGGGGCGGACGCGCUAAAGGCUGACAUGAAAAAUGUGAACUGACCUGUCAAUCUGCUGGUGUCCUACUGUCCAUACCUUGCACAUGUUCUCGGGGCAGAGGCUGCAUCCAUGGGGCGAGCUGUCGUCGGGGUCGUGGAACGGCGAGAUCCUCAGCCUGCCGUUGCCGUCGACGCGCGCCGGGUUCGUGCUGAUCUCCGAGAAGCAUCCGAGGACGCCGUGGUGCUCCAGCACGGUCUCGAUGAAGAAGGCGUUGGCGUCGCUCGCCACCCUCAAAUCACACCUGCAACAAACAACACAACAGGUGGAACACAACCACCACCACCACCAAAGAUUAUCCAUGGCGCCAUCAGAGCUUUAGAGGUGGAUGGAUUGAUCAUUGAUGGUGCGGUACCCUAAUGCCGAGGCCGUGGUGAUGGCGGAGAGGACGUGGGCGUCGAGGGGGGCGCUCUUGAGGCAGUCGCGGAUGUCGUCGGCCGACCUCCCCUGGGCGUGCAGCUCCACCAUCAUCCUGUCCUGGAAGAAGCCACCCAUCCUCGCAGGUUCAAUCUAUGCAUGUUCUUGUGUUCUGUGUGUGUGUGCGCGCGCAGGGUGAUCGUACCAUGAGGGGGUUCCAGCGCAUGGUGGGGCGGAGGCGGCGAAAGGCGUCGGAGGCGCCGAGCUUGGUGAUGACCCAGUCGUCGCUGUCCCACUCGAUGAUGGUCCUGUCGAAGUCGAACACCACCACCACCCCGCCUCCGGCGGCGGCGGCGGCGGCCGUGUCGCCGUCAACGCCAGCGGCCAUCUGAGCUGCUCCGACGGUGACCGGGGGAAGGCCGGAAGGGUCAAGAUGGAGUCGCGGUCGCCAGACGAACGCACGGCGGCGCCUGA